AUGCACUUCAUCCGGCCCCAGUGGCUAACCCACUCUGCUGCCGAUAAAAAGCCGAUUGAAGUUUACUCUUGCCAUGUCUCUCCAGACGGAGAAAGAUUAGCGACUGGGGGUCUGGACGGCAAUGUCCGCAUAUGGUCCACCGCAGCCAUCAAGGCAUCUGUUACCGGAGACGAUAAUGAAGCUCCCACUCGUCCCCGACAGCUAUGCUCUCUUUCUCACCACUCAGGCGCUGUUUUGACAGUUCGUUUCUCCGGCAACAACCGAUACCUUGCUUCGGGCUCUGAUGAUAAAAUUGUUCUUGUCUACGAACGAGAUGUCAACGCGGUUCCCCAGUCCCGUCCACUAUUUGGGUCAAACGAAGCUCCCCACGCUGAGACAUGGAGGACAUAUAGAAGAUUGGCAGGACAUGAUAACGACGUUCAGGACGUCGGCUGGUCUGCGGAUUCUUCAAUCUUAGUGUCUGUGGGGCUAGAUUCCAAGGUUAUCAUUUGGUCUGGGAGCACUUUUGAAAGACUCAAGAAGCUCGAUGUUCAUCAAUCGCAUGUUAAGGGUCUUACAUUCGAUCCAGCAAAUAAGUAUUUUGCGACUGCAAGCGACGACAGAAGUAUCAAGAUAUUCCGGUUCACAUCUCCAGCAGCCAAUGCAACUGCCCAUGACCAACAGACCAAUUUCACAUGUGAGACAUCUAUUACUGAUCCUUUCAAGGACUCUCCUUUAACAACAUAUUUCCGUCGUUGCUCAUGGUCUCCUGAUGGCUCUCAUAUCGCGGCUGCAAAUGCCGUGAAUGGCCCUGUCAGUUCUGUGGCUAUCAUCAACCGUGGCAAUUGGGACAGUGAAAUCAAUUUGAUUGGCCACGAAGGACCAGUAGAAGUGUGUGCCUUUGCUCCAAGAAUGUUUUCAAAAACGCCCCUUACCCCGGGUACCCCACAAACUGCUCCAGUUACUGUCAUUGCAUGUGCCGGUCAAGACAAGGCCUUAUCAAUUUGGAAUACAUCAAAUCCGCGCCCAUUGAUCAUUACACAGGACUUGGCAACGAAGGCUAUCUCGGAUUUGACAUGGAGUCCUGACGGGAUGACUCUGUUUGUAUCAUCGUUGGACGGAACCACAACAUGUAUUUGUUUUGAAGAUGGCGAUUUGGGUUAUGUGUUGGGAAUGGAGGAGAAUGAAAGGAUAUUGCAAAAGUUCGGUGCUGGUAGGAGAGGGGCAACAUUGCCAGAGGGGACCGAGAGUGUCAGAUUAGAGGAGAUGGCUAGGGAUGGCGAGAGGAGGGAAGUGGAAGGGAGAAUGGGUCAAUUAAUGAUGGAUGGAAAUAACAUCAAUGUUGGUGGGGAUACGCAAAUGGCCAAUUCUGGAAUGAAUCCUGGUCCACAAUGGCAAAUGCAGCAACAACCGCGGGUACCUGAACCAGAAAGGGUUGCCCCUCCUCCUGCGGAGAAGCUUCCAGAAAAGCCUUAUAAACAGAAGGUUACAAUCACUAAAGAUGGAAAAAAAAGGGUGGCGCCUCUAUUGGUCUCAACAGGCGGUGGCCAUCGUUCAAACCUCCCCAAUGCUCACCUCCUUCAAGCGGCUGCUAAUAACAACUCUGGAACAAAUAAUGGUCCAAAAACUGAGCUUGACCUUACACGUCCAUAUGAUGGACUACCGAAGGGUGGAAUGCCAGCCCUCCUCAUUGGAAAUAAGCGCAAGGUGCCUAUAUCUGAUGAGGGAGAAGAAGAGCAACCUCAACAUACAAAUAAUGGGAAACGGGUAGCAGUUUUAGCAAAUGGGGGUGCUGGUACCGUAGGACCAUUAGAAACACCGGAGUUCAUCAGGCCAGCUGUUGUAUCCCCUGCUUUAGCGCCUAGUCCAGUGCGAUUAGCGGUUCCAAGAGUCAGGAUUUGCGUUAAUAGGGUCAUCGACGCUGCUGGGCAACCUUCCCCAAAUGUUCCUAGCAUUGGUGCGUCAGGUUCCGCGCCUGCACAAGGCUCUGGCUCAGAUGAUACCGUCUUUGAGGCUAGGAAUUCAAGGAAUGUUACAGAUAAGGAACCAACACGUCUAACUAUCACUAAGCAUGGUCAGGUCGUAUGGGUGGAUUUUGUCCCCAAAGCAGUGUUAUUAGUUACAGGAAAUAGUAAUUUUUGGUGCGCGGCCUGUGAGGAUGGAAGUUUGCAUAUAUUCUCUCCAGUGGGCAGAAGAAUUCUCAACGGACUCGUUAUUGAGGCACAGCCAUGUUUCCUUGAUUGCAGAGGGUGGUGGCUGAUGUGCAUCAGUGCUGUGGGGGUUGCUCAUGUCUGGAAUAUCAAAACUAUGAAGUCGCCUCAUCCCCCAGUAUCUGUUGCGCCAAUAUUAGAUAUUGCAAGUACUUUUCAAAAAGCCGAUGGUCUUUCUAAGGCAGAGGCCAUCACUGAAGCUGGGAUAAACUCGGAAGGCACUAUCGUCGUAUCUUUGACCAACGGAGAUGGAUAUUCAUAUGCGAAGGACAUGUUUACAUGGAUGAAGCUCACUGAAGCCUGGUGGGCCAUUGGUUCUCAAUAUUGGGACACGGCAGGGAACUCACGCGCAUCCCAGGCUGCGCUGGAAAAUCCCUCUGAUCCAGGAAACCCCUCUGUCUCCGCGGGCAUUAUCCCCCAUUUGGAACGCCGAACAACCAAUGAAGUUCUCCUUCAUGGCCGUGGCCGUUUUCUCCAACGUAUCGUCAAAUCUCUGCUUAACAGGGAAGGGUUUGAAGGGUUUGAGACUGCUGUGUCCGUUGCGCAUCUGGAGAACAGAAUGGCCGCAGCAGUGGCUUUGGGUGCAAAGGAAGAAUUCAAGAACUACCUGUUCAUGUAUGUCAGACGGAUUGCGGCCGAGGGGAUGAAAGGAAAGGUAGAGGAGUUGUUGAGAGAUUUCAUGGGCAGGGUGGAUGUUAGCGAAGAUAAUGAAGACGAAAAAGAAAACGAUGAGAUUGUGGGUUGGAAUAAGAUGGAACUGUUGAAGGGAAUUUUGCUAGCUAUUGGCAAACAUCGUGAUUUACAGAGGAUUACGGUCCCAUAUGCAAGAAUUCUGGGAAUGAUAAAGGAUGAGGAUGAAUAA